AAGAGAAAAAGAAAGACUCAGCGUGGACGCACGGAGACGAUUCCACGUCCACGAUGGGACAGCGUGUCUCCACGAGCGUGACGCGGCUCUUCUAGUCACAUUCGGAUUACUUUGGACACUUUUAUCCGCUGCUGAAAACUCUGCCGUGUUCUUCUUUUGAGACUUUUUUUUUUUAAUCCCCCCGUUUUGUCUGCCUGCGUCGGACGCACGGAGCGCGCGUUUGUGGAUUUGAGAGAAAUGAGUGAAAGGAGGCGAUCUGCCGCAGCUCUGAGCUCGAGAGCCCACGCGUUUUCCGUGGAAGCGCUGAUCGGCUCCAACAAGAAGAGGAAGCUCCGCGGCUGGGAGGACAAGGAGCUGCAGCUGUCCAUGGAGAGCCGGACGGACGGACACGAUCCGGCGCACUGCCUGGACAUGGACCCGGACUCGGAGGCGAGCCCCGGCUCAGACGGAGAGGGUCUGGGCGAGAGGACGUCGUGCUCCUUCGGCUCGCCCGCAGACCUGGCCCCGGGCCCCUGCGACCCGUCGCCCGCGGCCUCCAUGGAGGAGAUCCAGGUGGAGCUGCAGUGCGCCGACCUGUGGAAGCGCUUCCACGACAUCGGCACGGAGAUGAUCAUCACCAAGGCGGGCAGGAGGAUGUUUCCUGCCAUGCGAGUAAAGAUUGCCGGCCUGGACCCUCACCAGCAGUAUUACAUUGCAAUGGACAUCGUGCCUGUAGACAACAAGAGAUACAGGUAUGUGUAUCACAGCUCCAAGUGGAUGGUGGCUGGAAACGCCGACUCCCCGGUACCUCCGCGAGUCUACAUCCACCCGGACUCUCUGGCCUCGGGAGACACCUGGAUGAGGCAGGUGGUCAGCUUCGACAAACUCAAACUCACCAACAACGAGCUGGAUGACCAGGGACAUAUUAUCCUCCACUCCAUGCACAAGUACCAGCCUCAAGUUCACGUGAUCAGGAAAGACUUCAGCAGUGAACUGUCACCAAACAAGCCAGUUCCCAGCGGAGAGGGAGUCAAGACCUUCAGCUUCCCGGAGACUGUCUUCACCACUGUCACCGCCUACCAGAACCAACAGAUCACCAGACUAAAAAUUGACCGCAACCCUUUUGCCAAAGGAUUCCGGGACUCGGGAAGAAACAGGACUGGUCUGGAGGCGAUCAUGGAGACCUAUGCCUUCUGGAGGCCCCCUGUGAGGACCCUCACAUUUGAGGACUUUACCAACAUGCAGAAACAACAAGGUGGAAGCACAGGCACGUCUCCCACCGCCUCCAGUACUGGGACCCCCUCUCCUUCUGGUGCGGCACACAUUCUGUCUCCCUCCUGCUCUCCACCGACUUUCCACCUGGCUCCCAACACCUUCAAUGUAGGUUGCAGGGAGAGUCAGCUCUGCAACUUGAGCCUGUCUGAGUAUCCGGCCUGCGCUCGCAGCAACAUGGCGGCAUUACAGGGCUAUGGGGGCCUAGCCGACAGUUCCUAUGGACGCCUCCAGGCUGCAGGUAGUGCUGUGGCAUCUGGUCAACCUUCUGAAUCCUUCUUGCCACAGAGGACUUCCUCUUUGAUUGCUGCUGGCAUGCAGGGUGGUGGUCAUACCUCCCUGACUGGCAGCGGUAGUGGUAGCAGCGCUGGCGGUAAGAUGGAUGCCUACAGCGGUCAGCUUGGGUCCUUCCCAGCCUCUCAGCUGCAGUACGUGAUGCAGACUGGAGGUAGCUCCACCUCUGCCUCAUCCUCCUCAUCUGUGUCCUCCCCUUCCUCCGCUCACAUGUUCACUGGGAGCCACCACCAUGUGCAACAGGGCUCCUACAAUGCCUUCUCCCUGCAUAACCCUUACAACCUGUAUGGAUACAAUUUCCCCGGCUCUCCUCGUUUGGCCACGAGCCCUGAAAAGCCACAGGGAGGCCUGCUCUGCUCCUCUUCUCCAGCCGGGGCCUUUUCUGAGCGUCAGUACUUGUCUAAUGGCAGCAUGGACACUAUGCACAUGAUCGGCAAUGCUGCCGCUGGCCAACAGGGCAAUGGCUCCUGUGACAGUCGUCAGUAUGGCUCCUCUCAGAUGUCCAUGCACAUGGUUUAAAAACUACCACCUCAGAUCUCAGACUGAUUCUCAACCUUCAUGCUAUACAAACCCUACAAAGUCUUGCAGCUGAAGUCCAUAAUCUUUGACUUGUUUUGGAAACAAUCAAGUGUGCUGGUUCUGAGCCCGUGUUUUUACUGAGGUACAAAACCGGCUUUUCGUAAAAGGACUUUAUCUCAUGUUUGUAUUUGUGAAGACACUUGGCCACUUAAACUAUAUUAUAGACCGAAGUGAAGCUAGUAUUUAAUAAUCUCUUUGUAUUAAUAAAGAGAAACAUCCAAAACAAACCCACAUGCAUUUGUUUUGAUGGUAUUAUUAGUUGUGAACACAUGAAUCUGUUAUGGUGCAAUAGUCGGUUAUGUUUGAGGAGUCAUAAGUCAUCCAAUGAAGUGAACGUAGCUCCUUCACUGUGAUCCCGAAUUGUGUGUUUCUUCAAGCGGCGCCAUGUCAUUUUAGAAACGGGUCCCUGGUUUACAGUCGUGGUCUAAAGUAUCGGCUGGAAUGAAAAGGACAACUGAACUGGAUCCUGGAAUGACUGUAUAUGACGGGGGUUCAAGUAUCUGUGGCAGAACAAAUGGGCGACUACAAAAACAUGGACAGAGUAAGUCAAAGUUGAUGUUAAGUGAGCGCUUCUUCACUCUGGAAACUCUCUAGAGGAUUCAGAAAAACCUUCAUCCUCGCAGACUGGAAUAGCUUCACUAUGUUUGAGUGAAUUAUGUUUUUAAGCAAAUGUAUCCAGUGCGAUGGCGAAUUCUAGCAAUAAUGUAAGCUUAAAGGUUGUGUGAAAAUUGUAAAAGAAGCAAUAUAAAUAGCAUAACAGAGUAAUUAAAGAAUGUUUUGGUGUGUUGUAGAGAUAUGUAUUUAAGUGCUAAGCAAUAUAACGAUUUUACAGGCAAAACUGUUAUGAACAUGAAAAUAGCUUUUUUUUUUCUUGAAGCAUUUUAAAAAUGUAAAUACAGGUGCCAAGCACAUAAAAAACCAAUAAACAUUUUAAUUCAUUUAA